ACAGUUAUGUGUUCCUGUCAGACCUUUGCUGCCCCACGAGGAAACCCAGUGUGUAUGUCUGCUUGUUGGGUUAAUUGAUGUAAAAUUAGGUUGGGUAUCUGCAAAAUACUUGGUGUUUAGCAGGAAAGAAUGGAGAAGAGUUUUUUAUUCAGUAAAGGGAGAAAUAGUAAUAUGUGACUCUACGGUCAAAACAUUUACACGUUUCUGUUCUAAUUUUCAGCUCAUCCAGGUCAUGUUGGAAGACAGAAUUACUAAAACUUCUGUUAAAUUGGAUCUUCCAAUUGGAAAGGAAGCACUUAUUACUCUAAAAGAUGGACAGAAAUUCAUUAUUUGUGCCUCUGAUGCACAGCAAAUCUCCAUGGAAGACCAGUCUGACUUGUGAAAAUUAUUUAUGAGGAUAGACCAUACUUACUUUUUGAUACUGUUUUAA